AUGGCUUUUUUUAGAACAAAUAAAAUAGACAAGGAGGGGAAUUUCAAAUGUAGUCAUGAAUUGGGGAAGCACAUUUUAGGUGACCCCCUGAAGGGAGGACAGUCACACGAAAGUGAAGAAGAGGAAGAAGAAGGGGAUGAAAGUUAUGAAGUUGGGGGAAAGGACAAAUGGGACCCAAGUGCAGGCUCCAAAAGGGAGGCGACAAACGAGGGAAGAGGCAAAUCGGAUGAUGAAGAAGGGUACGCAAAAUCUCACUCGAGUUGUACUACUGCCAAUUCAAGUGAAAAUGAGGAUAACACGGUAAGCAUGACAAAUGCAAAAUGUGAAAGCAACGCGCAAGGCGUGGGUGGAGACUUCCUAUGGAGUGUGAUCAACUCGUUGAACGGGGGGAAAAAAAGUCAAGCAGUGCAUUCAAUGGGUGGAGAUAAGCAUGCUGAACAGGUCAUACACAAAAUGCCCCAAAUUCACUUAAGCAAAAAAUAUAUUGAUGUGGGGUGCCUCGCUACUUGGAAAUUGUCAAGUAGUAAAAGCAAAUCGGACACGAAAAAAUUAAAAGACAAUAAUGUGAACACAUACUGGCAGUCCUCCGGCUUAGGACCACACACAAUCACAAUACAAUUUUUUAAACUUACAAAAAUUUCGAAAAUAUAUUUACUCUUUAAUUAUUUAUUAGACGAAUCUUAUACGCCUUACGAAAUAUCCAUCAAAGUAGGAAACGAUGAAAAUCGUCUCGAUGUUUUAUGUACCACCUUUUGCGACGUGAACAAAAACCCCGUGGACCAUCCUUUUUGGUUUGUUAUUGACUUGGCAAAUUUUCAACUCCACUCCUAUUUUUAUAAUUAUCAUAUGAACCCUUUCAAGCGUAUGAAUUUUAUAUACUGCCGUUGCAUACAAAUUUGUGUCAUGUCUAGUCAGCACUAUGGGCGUGACACGCGCAUACGGCAAGUAAAAAUAUUCGGCCCCACGUAUCCUUUUUAUAAGCAUGAUAAAUCGCUCAUUUGGUGA